AACUGGCACAAGUAAAAGUCAUUUUCCUUGCUUUACUUUUGCAUUGCACUUCAGUCUUCAUUUGUGAGCUUUCUGAAAGCCAUUCUUAUAUUUUAGCAUUUUAGUUGUUGUAGAAUUUGUAAACGGCAAAAUGAUGAGCUGCAGAGUUACAGUCACUGCUGUCAUGGUGCUCCUGUGCCUUCUGGCCACCAGUGAAGGGAUGAGUCUGAGAAGCUUGGGGGUGGAGCUGCACUGCCGCUGCAUCAUGACGGAGAGGAAACCCAUCGGCCGCCACAUUGAGAAGGUGGAGCUGAUUCCUGCCAACUCCCACUGCGAGGAAACUGAGAUCAUUGCUACACUGAAAAAGACAGGCCAAGAGGUCUGCCUGGACCCCGAGGCUCCCUGGGUGAAGAAAGUGAUUCAGAAAAUUAUGUCCAACAAAAGGCGCUAAACAGAUGAUGUAAGGGACUCCGUUUCAUGAAUCCGAGCUGUUUAAGAAAACAGAAAAAUACCUGUGAUCCAUUCAUUUCAGCACUGGAGGACAGCUUAAUCAAUUAACUGUUGAAAAUGACAACAGAAGUGCAACUGAAUUUAUUCAUAUUUAUGUUUGUAUCAAACAUGUUAUUUAUUAACAAGUCUAUGAUGUUUGUUUGUCACUAUAUGUUGUAGCCGACUCUUGUUUUUCAUUUUGGCUGCUCCUGUAGACUGCAUUACUGUUUACUUGUUUCUAUAUUAUGAGUUUAUUAUAUUUAUUUAUAUAUUUAUGAAAUGUAAAUCUAUCGGAUUUCACUUGUAUACCUCUGCUCACCACUAUUAAUUAAUAAAAAGGUUUAU